CACAGAGCAAGCCGCCAUGAACACCUCCUCGCCGACCUCGCUUGUCGGCAUACUCGACAGCCUGUCGAUAGGCGUCUCCAGGACGAGCAUAAGGCAGGCCCAUUCCAAGACAAAAUUCCGGAGGAAGAAGUACCAUCUAGCGGGAUUCGGGCGCGGCCAUGGAGAGAACAUAUAUGUGUUCAACCACAUUGAGAAUGGCAUGGUGAUAUACUCACAUGAGCCGAGGUUACAACGCGACUCCCAAAAAUACCUCUCACAGAUACCCUUCACGGUCAAGAAACAAAAACCACCCGUCAUUCGUGAGGACUACUGGCAGCCGCUAUGCAUGAUACGAUUCGGGAGCGGUCAGGGCGUCGUGGGCCGGAGCGUCUUCCAGAAGCUGCGCGAGUUUAGGGCUCUCCACGAGCUGGAGUGGGGGUGGCAGGCCAAGGAGUUCCAGAAGCUGAGCCGGAGAGACCGGGGCGAGAAGAUUCACAAUCAGAAGCCCAAUACCGUGGCGGAUAUAGCGGCGGUGCUGGCAGGCGCCGGGAGAGGCAACCUGAUGUGGACGACGGAGCCGGCGAAGGCGAUUGAGGGCGAAGUCGACGCUGCGCAGGGUGCUGAGGCGGAGCUGGCGACCAUUGACAGCCAAGCGGCACAGGAGUCCGCCCUGGAAGACGAUGCGCAGGCCUCCAGUACGGCACCACCCUCAGAGACUGCGGCGCCCAACAAGGCAUCCAAGAAGCACAGCAAGCGAGUAGAACCAUCAAAGCGACUCCACAAGGCCACCAUCUACUGGUCCAACGACGCCGACCUCUUCUGGGCACGGAAGUGGUCCCAAAAUGUCGAGCACGAGGUCGGCCUGCCGGACGGCGUCAAGGUCUGGAACUGGCGCACGAAAGAGAUCCUGGGACAGGCAGAGGAAGCCCCAGAGGAGCAGUCGGCAGAAGGUGACAAGAGCAUCGACAGUACCGCAGAAGCGGGCGCCGGGAAUGAAGAUGGCAAGGAGGGUGAGGCUGUGGAGAAGCAGGAGCCUGUGGAGCAAAAGAAGGGCUGGUUUGGCUGGCUAGGUGGAAAGUCUAUCAAUCCCGGCCAGGAUGCAAGAGCGUAGAUAAAUGGCAUGAAGCAUAUUGUCGGGUGGUGCGCUUGUACUAUCUAUCAAAUGAGGCAUAUCUGCUUUGGGAGUCAAAAAGAUGCGCAAGUGGGUUUGGCAUUUUAUAAUCUUGUUUUCUGCGAUCAGGUACCGCCUACGGGCAGCAACACGAUGUGCUACUCUC